GGAUGAGCUACUUCAGCGUGCCCGACGGCGCGGACGAGGAUGGUUACGACGCCGAGGGACUCGAAGGCCAGAACCGCGCCCCAGACGCGUUCGAUCUCCGUACACCGUUGGACAGGACGAUAGAUCGCAUUGGAAUGGGAAACUACCAAUGGAUUCUGCUGUCACUAUGUGGUUUAGGGUGGUUAGCGGAUAAUAUGUGGCUCGAAGCUAUUGCCAUAGUUUUGCCAAGGGUACAACGGCACUAUGACGUAUCGGACAACAUGAUCGGCUCGCUCUCUUCCUCCAUGUUCGCUGGAAUGAUGGUCGGAGCCGUUGGCUGGGGUGCUUGUUCUGAUUCGAUGGGUCGUACGACCGCAUUCAACGCAACUCUCUGCCUCACAGCUCUGUUCGGCAUCUUGAGCGGACUCACCACAUCCUUUCUCCAGCUCUGCAUCACCUUGUUUCUCCUGGGCAGUGCGGUCGGGGGUUCUAUGCCCACAGAUGGCACCUUGUUCCUGGAAAAUGUCCCCAAAGGACGGCAGUAUCUCCUUACUGCGUUGUCCGUUUUCUUCUCCAUCGGCUCCGUCGUGGCGGCAGGUGUCGCCCUCCUCGCCAUCCCGGGUCGUGCCUGCACGGGUGAACCUUCCCUCCCUUGCGACGUUAACGUUCAGAAUACCGGCUGGAAGUAUCUGCUGGGCGUGUUGGGAGUCUUGACUUUAUGCAUGUUCCUCGCCCGCGUCGCUUUCUUCAGAAUACAUGAGUCACCACGGUACCUGGUCACUGCCGGACGACAUCAAGAGGCGCUCGAGUCGCUACAGAUGAUAUCACGAUUCAACGGUUCCGAGCUUUCGAUUGACAUCAGAGACGUCUGUGAUCGCCCUGUCAACGCUUCUGGCCGGAUCGAAGAGGCUACUCCAUUCCUGGACGAAAGCCUUCGUAGACUUCCAGACACCUCUGCCGCUGUUCCAGCAUCUGCUCAGCAGCCCCCUUCCACCAGGCCUUCUAUGGACGCCCAGACUAUACUAGAUCCCUCUGAUUUGGGUGAGACGGCAGCUCAUACGCCUCAGCACGGCCCCCGGCAUCUCGCCGCACAGCGAAGCAGUGACCUGCUUAACCCAUCUGCAAACGCCACGCGGUACGACUCAACGUCGGACUCUGAUACUCCAUUGAGUACCCAUGUCUUCGCAACUCCAGUUCAGGAAGAACCGCCCGCGCCUGCACUGCAUACCCAUGCACGGACGGAGGGCAGCACAUCCUUCGCCAUCACAGACUCGCUAGAAAUGCCCCGGGAUGAGCAUACACGCACAGCAUCCGUGAUGAGUUCGCCGACUGCAGCCAGACGUACGCACCCGCCUCACACGAGAAGCAGAAUGCGAAGGCGGUCCUCGAUGGUCUCGCGUUCAUCGUAUUACGAGGUGGAGAAGCGCGUUGGGUGGAAGCUGCCGGAUGUGGUACGAAGGCCGUUGUUGGCGUGGCUUGACAGGGUAUCGCUCGUGUUGGCUCCGGAGUGGUGGUGGACGACCAUUCUGGUAUGGCUGGCGUGGGGUUUUAUGGCAUUGGCUUAUACGAUGUUCAACGUGUUCCUGCCGAAACUGUUGGAAACCAAAGGCGCGGCCGACUUAACGCGGCCGAAAUCUCUGCAGGAGAGUCUCUGGGAUGUCAUGAUAUUCACGAUAGGCGGCUGUCCAGGAGCUAUUUUGGGCGCAUGGAUGGUGGAAAGUCGGCUUGGGCGACGGUGGUCGCUUGCAGGAAGCACGUUCAUCACGGGCUUCUUCUGCGCUGUGUUCAUCAUGGUUCAGAGCGCGUGGGCGGUCCGGGUGACGACCAUGGCUAUCAGCUUGAGCGUUACUACAAUGUGGGCGGUGCUAUACGGAUGGACUCCCGAGAUAUUCGGCACCGAAGUUCGUGGCACUGCGUGUGGGAUAGCUUCAGCUUUAUCGCGAAUCGGAGGGAUGAUCGCCCCUAUGCUGGGUGGGGCACUUCUGGCAAUCGACGAUGCCUUGCCGGUCUAUGUAUCAAUAGCUACGUUCUUGGCGGCGGGAGUGUGUGUGGUUCUGCUGGAUCCUCCGGAAAGCGAUGACGCCGGAACUGAUCUUGGCGGACCCAGUAUCAUGCAUUAGAUAGUCUAGAACAAUUCCCGAUACUGGGUUGGAGUGGCCGGUGUACUACGAGCAACAGAUUCGUACAACCCCAGAGAGUCGAGGUAUAGAUUAGACCGGUGGUUUCACGAUACCCUCGCUGAUUUUGUAGUACACGGUCGAUGAAUCGUCGGCGUUAAUCGCCAAAAACAGGGAGCCCGGACUUCCC